CGCGAGGAGAAGCCGGAGCUACCCUGAUGGUGCCGCCGCCUCCUUCGAGCCGGGGAGGAGCGGCCGGGGGGCAACUGUGCAGAAGCCUGGGUCCGCUACUGUUGCUCCUGGCGCUGGGACACUCGUGGACCUACAGGGAGGAGCCCGAGGACGCCGACAGAGAAAUCUGCUCGGAAAACAAAAUCGCGACUACGAAAUACCCGUGCCUGAAGCCCUCGGGCGAGCUCACCACGUGCUUCAGGAAAAAGUGCUGCAAAGGGUAUAAGUUUGUUCUUGGACAGUGCAUCCCAGAAGAUUAUGAUGUCUGUGCCGAAGCUCCCUGUGAACAGCAGUGCACAGAUAACUUCGGCCGAGUGCUGUGUACUUGUUACCCAGGCUACCGAUAUGACCGGGACAGACACCGGAAGCGAGAGAAGCCCUACUGCCUGGAUAUUGAUGAGUGCGCCACCAGCAACCAGACCCUAUGUGCACACAUCUGCAUCAACACUGUGGGCAGCUACCGCUGUGAGUGCCGGGAGGGCUACAUCCUCACAGAGGAUGGGACAACAUGCACCAGGGGUGACAAGUACCCCAACGACACUGGGCACGAGGAGAAGUCUGAGAACACGGGGAAAGCUGGGACUUGCUGUGCCACGUGCAAGGAAUUCCACCAGAUGAAGCAGACCGUGCUGCAGCUGAAGCAGAAGAUUGCUUUGCUCCCCAACAGUGCUGCUGAGCUGGGCAAGUACAUCACUGGCAACAAGGUGCUGGCCUCAAACGCCUACCUUCCAGGACCCCCUGGCCUACCUGGAGGCCAGGGUCCACCCGGCUCACCAGGACCGAAGGGGAGCCCUGGCUUCCCAGGCAUGCCAGGCCCUCCUGGGCAGCCCGGCCCACGGGGCUCAAUGGGACCCAUGGGACCAUCUCCUGACCUAUCUCACAUUAAGCAAGGCCGGAGGGGCCCUGUGGGCCCACCAGGUGCACCAGGAAGGGAUGGCUCUAAGGGGGAGAGAGGAGCACCUGGACCCAGAGGGUCUCCUGGACCACCAGGUUCUUUUGACUUCCUGCUGCUUAUUCUGGCUGAUAUCCGCAAUGACAUUGCUGAGCUGCAGGAAAAGGUAUUCGGGCACCGGACUCACUCUUCAGCAGAGGAGUUCCCUUUACCUCAGGAGCUAUCCAGCUACCCAGAGACCACGGACUUCAGCUCUGGAGAUGACUACCCAAGAAGAACUGAUGCAAGAGAUUUGGGAGCUUCCAGAGACUUCCAGCCCUAGAACAUUCCACUUGUUCACAUCAACAGAAAAGAGGAGUACGUUCACCUUUAAUUAAAGCACCUAAAGAAAAAAUUACUGGAACCAGAAAGAAGCAUUUGCAUUUUCUUAAUUCUUUUUCUGCCUUCUCACUACUCCUUUCUAAAUACUAUUUUCAGACUGCCCUACAAAAGACAGGAGGAAGGAAAUGAUGAAUUUCUGCAGUGUUUGCAGAAAGUCAGGUGGGUGGUCUGCAUCAGGACUUUUCUUUGACAUCACAUAUUUUCAGCAGCCUCUGGAGCUAAGUACUCUUGCCACAUCUUAAAUUGGACACAGUAUUUAAAAAGGGAAAGAUGGCAAGAUGAGCUCCAAGAAAACUUGAGGUUAACUUCUUUAAGAAAGGUGUCAUGUUCCGCACAAAAAUAUUGCGUUCCUCUUACAUCCAAAUUAGAGCUAAAAUGCAGUAAACAACCAUAAAGAUUCACCUUGAUGGUAAUUCUUUUUCCUCAUUAAUCUAAUAAAUAUUACAGGUGUUAUCCAACCUUUUCCCCCAAAUUUGGUUAUAGAAAGGAGAGAAAAAGUAAAGAUUGGGAAGACAAGGAAUUAUAUUGUGUAUUUAUUGCCACAUAGGUUGUCACAUUUUAAAGUUCAAAUAUGAUUAAGCUAAGUGUUCAUGCCAUCUUUAUCUAAAAGAAUCCUUCAUGGAGAAGAAAGUUCCUUUGGAUAUAGGAGUAAGUCCUCUUUUUCCAAGGCACUAAGGAAAUGAAAUUCCCAAAUUCACAUUACAACAGUGGAUUCCUGACUGCCACAAUGUUUUAAAGCUGUUUGAUCAAAUGCAUGGUCUUGCUCCAUAAAUCAGAAGUUAUUUGUUAAAUAAGGUGGAUGACCCUUAGAAAGGAGAGAAGAAUUCCCUGCUGUGACCAGAUGCCCAGAGGUGCCACUGGGCCAUGACCCAGGCUGACCAAUGUACAGUGAAUCAGAAAGAUUGGCAGGGGCUGUUGGCAAAGGAGCAGGGGAACCCUGGACAAGGACUCCCCUGAAACUAACUUGGCAGAGGCUGAUAAAUUUGCUUUCCUUGAGCAUUAGAAGUCUUUGUCUAGAGCCAGCAAGCUUCCUGCAUACCGAAAAUAAUACACUGUUAAGAGUUCUUUUUUGUGAAAGGAGAAAAAUGAAUUUCCUUGCUUGGCAAAAAUUUUCUUUUCAGUACUUCAAUUUUUCCUUAAGGUGGUCCAAAUUCCAGUUCUUUCAGGAAACAAUAUUUUUCCCUCAGUAAUGUAGGAAGUUCAGAAAAGGAGGUACAUUUCCCAACCUGUUGUAGAGUUACAGUAUCUUCUCAAAGCACCUCUGGGUCCUAGAGGGAAACAUACUCCCAUCAAGACCUUAGGAUUCACAGGCGCUGGGAACAGCCAGCCAGCCGGAAGCUCUGCCCCUUCUCUGUACUGUUGGGGGCCUCUUGAUUUCGGUGCAGCUUUCAGGUUUUGGGGUGUUCACUUUCUCCAUGGGCACACAAAAGAGAUUCUUACCUUCCUGCAGGGGAUCUGAACACUUACACUGAACUUCACACACAAUCAUUACCAGACUGUUUGUCACAUCAGGGUCUCUCUUUCCCAUCCUGCAACAUUCCCUUAUGUUUCUCAAAAGUUUUUAUUUGACCUUUUUCCAUAUCCUUUGCACCAAAGUCAUUUGCUUAUCCUGUUAUGACAGCUUGUUGGAAGAAAACCACCGUUGUUGGGUUUGCAUGUCACCUUAAGUCUCCUUACUGAAGAACAAGAGGACAGAGCCACCUGCAGAUCUCUAAUAGCACCAUGCUUCCUUCCCUGCUUCCGCCGUGUUAAAGAUGUCCGUGGCUGAGGAUUUUAUGAACACUUGGCUCUACUUUCUUAAACAUGGCAGAUCCCUUGCCCCCUUAGUCUCUCCAGAAUCUGACUUUUGCCACAUACACCCUCGCCAGCCACAGGUCAGGGAGAGAUGUUGAGCCCCACCUGGGGCAUUUAAGAUCUGCCUCCCUGUACAAUACAAUAUGUAAAGGGCGUGAAUGGUUGAAUGCACAAAAACAAUCCGGUACAGGCUCCAUGAGAGGUUAGGUUCAUCUUUAAUUUUUUUAAAUAGGCAAUUUAAUUACCUUUGCUUUUUCUUGACUGUGAACUGUAUUUAGAAAUAUAAUCUCUAUUGUGAAAUGCUGAUAAAAUUCAAGCAAACUGCAUAUUUGGCUAGAGGCUAAAAAUAUAUAUAUAUAUCAAAAGAAUGAGGUACAAGUCAAAAUAUCUGGGAUCCAUGAUACUAAUUUAGAUAAUAAUCUCUAGCAAAGCACAGUAACCUGUAUUUUAUAAUCUUGACCUGCUGUACCAAUUCAAUUUAGAAAAUUACUAAUCCUCAGCUUUUCAAAAUUUAGACUACUGCAAGAAAUACACAUCCAAAUUAUAUAUUUCAAAAGAUGACAUAAGUCAUUGUUAUUUCUAAUAUAGCUUUUAGUUAUAUAUACAAAACAAAGCUUCACUCUCUAAACAGGGCUUCUGCUCAAAGCAGAGUGCAAGCGUCUUUUUAGGGAGAGAAGCUCAAAUUUGCCACAACUUUAUGGAAUCACUCCAUAUUUCAUGGAGGAAAAAAUCCUUGUACACCUCCCUGACCCUUAGUAAAAAUGUUGUCAUCAAAGUUUUGCAAGCAGUGAUAAUAAAAAUCUGCUGUUGAAAAUAGUAAGGAGGGCAUGCAUUUUAGUUUAGGAAAAUCCUUCCCUUUAUGGUUCCAGAUGGAAAAAUUAGAAGUUUUAUGUGCCAAAAAAAGGAGUUUGGUGGUUGAGUAUACAAAGAGGAAGUGCCUUGUAUUACCUCCUGAGUUAAUUCUCAAUACCUGCCUGAGAAUUAGUUGACCAAAGAAAUUCUGGUAUAAACUAAGACAACAGCUAUAUCCAUGCCCCAACACAUACAAUAAAUAUUCUUUGGCAUUAAGGGGAAGCAAAGAGUAUUACCCCACCAAAUAUCAGCUUCAGAGUAAUACCUAGUUGGUUCUAUUCCUUUUCCAAGUUUCACAACCACCUUGGCCUUACCUUGGGGUGACCAAGGAAAAUACUUUCUUCCUAACCAGACACGAGGCUUCACUCUGGGUUUUCAGCACAAUUCCCCAUCCUAUUUUGGCCAUCACUGUCCUACCCAUGCAAGCUGCUCCACAGAGACAGCCACAGCAGCCUGGUUCUGCAAGUUUAUCUUCCAGGGAACCUUCCUGAAAAGUUAUUUGCAAGAAUCUAGGCCAAACUAGAGCCAUCUAAAGUUAUUAAUCAUGAAUUUUAGGAAAUUGAUGACAUUUUUCCUGGCAUAGCAGCAUGUAUGUUUCAUAACAAAUCAAAAAAUAGUUUUCCAUUUGGAGAAAAGCACAGUCGCUGUUGUGUUAAAGCAGAAAAUCAUGGGAUUCACAUGGUCCUACAAAUAUUGCCACUUCAGAGAAAUCAUAGAAAAGGACCCUUUUAUAACAUAUCCCUCAGGGAUCUCAGCAUCCUUUACCAAAUUCCAAAGCAAGGAACCUGAAGAAUCCCAUGUGUGUUGUGAGUUUGUUUUUACUUUCCAGUAACUAGUUUCUACUUACAUAGCUAUGUUCAUUAUUUAUAAACAGGUCAUAUGACAGUCAAGCUAAUAUUCAAACAGUUAUGAAUGUGACAUUAUGAAGUACUUUUGUAUGAUUGUAUAUUCUUUAAUAACAAAGUUAUUUUUUCGUA